AUGCGCGGCGCGGUCACGCUCCCGGCCGCCGUGACGGGCCGCUCGUCACCCAUGCCGCCGCCGCCGCUCGUGCCCGCGUCGCCGCGCCGCACGCCCGCCCACACCCACUCGUACUCCAUUGCCGCGCCCGGUGCGGCCGCCGCUGCUGCCGCCGGCUCGCCGAACAGACUGCCCUCGACGCCGUCAAGACACAAGGUGUCAAGAUCGCUUGGCGCGUUCCCCGUCACUCCGGACGGGAGAUUCGACUCGCCGGCCAGCCCGUCACCGUCGCGAGCUCCGAGUCGGCCCGUGCUUCCUGCACAUCCCGCCGACUGGUCGCCCUCCGAGCUAGCUCAGUACCUCUCCUACUCGCUCCGCACGGGCGGCAGCGACGGCACGGGCCCGACGCUGCCGUCCCUGGUCGUCGAGGACGUCGUGUCGUGGGUCCUUCGCUCCCGUGUGACAGGUAAACAGUUCAUCUCGUCCUCGCAAGGCUUCAGCGGAUCGAGACCGCCACCUUUCUUCCCGGUGUUACAGUCCCUGUCACGUCGCCUGGCCCGCAACGUCCGUCACGGUCGCCGGCUGAGUGACGCGAGCGAGGCGAGCGGGAUCGGCAACAGACAGAACGACGACAGCGACGGCGCAGCUGACGUGACGCGUGUUCGGCGGCUCGCGCACGCGUUCGAGGCAGCAAGCGAGGUCGGCAGCGACGAUGCGCCGCUCUCGGCGCUGAGGGCACAGGUCACCGGCAACAGCGUCGAGGGGUUCGGCCGCGCAACACCCAAGUAUGGCAGCACCGGCGCCUCGUGGUCGAGAACAAGACGCGACUCGGAGACGAGCAGCGUGGUGUCAGCAGCGCCAUCGCAACCGAUGCACUCGGGCCCGCGUUGGCGCCAACGCCGGGACUCCAACGCGUCGGCCGUCAGCGCCAUCUCGGGCGUCAGCGCGAUCAGCGCAAGCGCCAACGUCCCCCGAUGGCGUCAGGAGGUGGCUGGGGGAUCGCCCCCGAGAUCAGUGUCCAACCCCACUGGUUCGCCACCCCGCUCGGUCUCCAACCCGUUGCAUCCCAGCCCGGUCAGAAGCCCGCACAGCCCCAGCCCCAGUCCGGGUCCGAGCCCCAAGAGCCAGCUGCGCGGCCUUGGAGCUGUCAGCCCGAUCUCACCGUUACAGCCAAUCUCGGAGCGGCCAGCACCGAGCCACGCCGUACCCGUGGCUGCUACAGCUCCCGACGACCCGUUCACCGACCGCGAGGUGCGCGUCACGGGUGCGAGCCCGCCACCGCCGUACGAGAAUGCCUUCCCGCCGUCGCUGCUUGUUCCCGAGGCACCUCGCACGCCAGAGGGGACGACCGCGUCGUCGCGCUCGGCAUCGGCGACGCCGCUCAGACCCGAAGUGCACGUCUCGCCGCACCUCUCGCCCCAUGCGCACCCGCACCAGCACCACUUUGAUGCGUACGCCAGCCUCCGCCGCGGGCCCGGGAGGCCACGUGCGUACUCUGACGAGACGGAGGAGAGCGACACGAGUGAAGACGGUAGCAGCGAGGCCAAGCCGAGGGCUGGCGACCACUGGAGCACGACGCGAGUAGUGACCUUACGGCCCAAGACGCCCAAGACGUUCGCGCCGCCCUCGCCGGCGCUCAAGACCCUCGCGCCGCCGUCACCGGCGCUCAUGACGCCCGCCCCAGCCUCAGUCCAUACGACGCCCGGGUCAAGACGGAGGAGAGCCAAGCGCGAGAUGGAGCGCGAGGUGACGGCGUUGACGGACCGGAUCAAGGAGCUCGAGGCGCGGCUGUCGGCGGUCGAGACGCCGCCAGCGCUGUCGCCAGCUGUGGACAAUCCGCCGCUGCGGGCUCUGCCGUACGACUCGCCGCGGGGCGAGCGCUUGCCGAGCGACGGUGCGAGGGACGACGGCUCGCGGGACUUGCCGAUUGCCCUGUUCCUUGUGGGGCUGGGUGUUGGUGUCGGCGUGUCGGCCGUGGUUGCGCGUGUGCUCAUGUCGAAGCGGGCGGGGUAG